AUGAAGCACAACACGGAGCCUGACAAGGGUACAAACUGCACGUCUCAAACUGAAGGUGAUGCUUUAAGGAGGCCUUGUGUGGCAGGUCUAAUGGCUCUACAAACAAGCCAAAAACAGUUGACAAGCCUCACCAAAGAUAGCGCAAAUGCACUUCGUGUACAUGCUACAGAGGCUGAAGUGACACACAGAUUGAGCAAUGCCAAGGAAGCAGCAUCCAGACCAGCUGCAUUGGAAAGCCACGAGGAUCUGGCCAAGAAGCUCCACGAGGGAAUGGAUAGAAAUCGCAAGUCAUCAUCAGGUUCCAAGUCGGAUGGAUCUGGUAGGCGUAUGAAGGAAGUUGCCUGUCCUACUUGUACAGUCCAUUUGCAGGUACAAGUUCCCAGUUCAGGUUCUGAGACCAUUGAAUGUGGGGUUUGCCAGCAUCCGUUUUUAGUGAGCGCACGCUGA